AUGUUUGAAUGCAGAAUAGAUGGUCAGUUUUUUAAAAAACUGUUUGAAACCCUGAAAGAUAUUUGCACAGAAGUAAACUUAGAAUGUUAUGAAAAUGGAAUUAAGAUGCAAUCAAUGGACUGUAGCCAUGUAUCUUUGGUGGAUUUAAAUAUUUUGUCCGAUUUUUUUCAACAUUACAGAUGUGAUAAAAAUUGUGUCCUCGGUAUAAGCAUCAACUUUAUGCUAAAAAUAUUAUCAGUAAUUAAAGAAAAAUCCACAGUUUUUCUUUUUAAAGAAGAUAAUGAAAAUGAAGCUGUUUUAAAUAUCGGAAUUAUAGACGAAGAGGAACAAUCAAAUUCAGAAGACUUCCUUGAAAUUCAGGUAAAAUUAAUUAAUACACAAAAGGAGCAUUUAGAAAUUCCACAAUCUGAAUAUCAUUGCCAAUGUACAAUGAAGUCCAAAAAAUUCCAAGAAUUUACAAAAUAUUUGAAUUCAAUUGGUGAUAAUGUGUCCAUAUCAAUGAAAAAAGAUACCAUGAUUUUAAGCACAACAGGUGCUGAUAUAAAAGUGACAAAACAGUUUACAAAUGAUAUGCCCGACGUUUCUAUCACUUGUUCCAAAUCUGUCUCUCAAGAAUUUGCCACGAGAUAUUUAGUUAUGUUUUCACGAGCUUCCUCCUUAUCCGAUGAGGUCUACAUUUCCCUCUCCCCAAAUAUACCAGUUUCCAUUAGAUUUAACUUCAAGCAAUCACUAACGGAUUUGCAGGAAAGCUCUCACCUGACCUUUUUCUUGGCACCCAAAAUUGGCGAGUACUGA